AUGUUGGAAGUACAACAGGCCAACGCCUUGGUCUACUCGACCCUCUGCGGCUUCAUGCUGGUCGGUCUCUACGCCGGCUACCGUGUCCGCAACACCAAUGACUUCCUCUCGGGUCUUCGCACUCAGAGCGUCUUCCCGUUGACGCUCAACUGGUUCGCGUCAAACAUGUCUUCGUCGCUGCUCUUCGGCUACCCACAGCUCGCUGUCAUCCCCAAUGCUGGUGUCUUGGGUCUCGUUGCAUACUGUUUCGCCACCGUGAUGCCGCUCUGGUUCUUCGCCUGGCUCGGACCUCUGAUCCGCCGUGUCUGCCCGGAUGGCUUCACGUUGGCCGAGUACAUUCGUCGUCGAUUCGGAUGGCCUGUUGGUAUCUUGUCGGGCUUGAUCUUUGUCGGCUUCAUGUUCUGCUUCAUGCUGGUCGAGCUCAACACGUACGGCUCGGCCGUCAACCUGCUGGGUGGCGUCAACCCCACCAUCGCUGCGCUCGUGAUUGCGAUCAUCACCACCAUCUACACCGCCUACGGCGGUUUCAAGGCCUCGCUUUACACCGACAACGUCAACGCCGUCAUCAUCCUCAUCUUCAUCGUGAUCGCUACGGUCGCUGUCGGUGUCAAUCUGGAUGUGGACCAUGCUCGUGUCGAGUCGUCCGGCCUGCUCAGGCCUCAGCGUCUUGGUGGCGAGCUCUGGUACAUUCUGCCUGCCGCUCUUGUCUUCAGUCAGAUGUUCAACCAGGGCUUCUGGCAGCGUGCUUUCGCCUCCAAGGACAACAGGACGCUCUAUCUCUCGGUCAUUUUUGCCACCAUCCCGCUCUUCGCCGUGUGCAUGCUGGUCGGCAUGGCUGGGCCCUUGGCCCAGUGGUCGGGCCUCUUCGACGGCUACUCUGCCGAAGACGAUGGAUCGCUCACGUUCUUCUACAUCCUCGCCACGCUGCCCAACUGGCUCACGGGCAUCGUCAUCGUCCUCUGUGGCUGUCUCAGUUCGUCGGCCUACGACACCUUCCAGUCGGCCCAGAUCUCGACUAUCCAGAAUGACGUCUUCCUGGGCCGACUCAACAUCUGGUGGUGCCGAGCCAUCCUCAUCCUCAUCAACGUCCCCUCGGUUGUGCUGGCCGUCAAGAACAUCGACAUCCUGGAGGUCUUCCUGAUUGCCGACCUGGCAGCUAUCGCCUGCAUCCCCGCGUUCCUGCUCGGUCUUGUACCGCAGCUGUACUUCCUCAAUGGCGUCGACGCUGUCGGCGGCGCAGUCGGCGGCUUCUUCACUGUCUUCCUCUUUGGCACCAUCCUCUACGACAGCGCUGCCAAGGGUAUCGCGCUCAUCGGCCUGCCCAACGGCCUGUACAUCGACGACUACAGCGUGCUCGGCGCCUUCUUUGCCGCUCCGCUCGGCAGUCUCGGAUGGACCUUUGUCACGCUCGGUAUUCGAGCCGGUGUGACGUGGGUCUACUGCCGAUACACGGGUAAGAAAUACACCGUGUUCGAGUACAGGGAGUUCGACGUCACCAGGUACGCCCUGCCCGAGGACAGGCCGGCUGACUUCCACGGUAUUCACGGUAGUGGAAACCCCAACGACGGACAUAAGUUGGAUGAGGCCCAGCUGGAAGGUAGUCAUCACCUCAAGAGGGAGCUCUCGGAGGGUGGGUCCAGUGGCGAUCUGCAGCAGACGCACAAGUGA